UUUUAAUUAAACAUUUAUAAUGAACGCGAGUGACGAUUUGGUUGUGCGUUCCAGUGAAUUUUUCGAUGAAAUGUUAAGGGGUACGAUUUUUAAGGGCUACCAAAGUUUUAGGGACCAAAUUCUUUUACUCUGAUUAAUGUCAAAUCAGUUAAAUGACUAGCAGUAGAGAUGUAUUCAAAAAUUUGACGAUUAAGUGCUAAAUUAUAUUUUAUUUUUUCGUCUCCCCAGCUCUUUCCACUAAUAAACAUCAUCAACUCGCGGUUGCACUAUUUUUUAUAGCUGCAGCAGGUGCAAGACAGACGAGAAGUCUGUUUGUAUUGACUGAUCCAUUGAAGUCGAAAAUUACGCUUGGCUCGUGUUUACACACGCUGAUAGUGAACGCGGCGUUAUCAGACAAUAUGUUAUUGUUUUUAACAAUUUGCGUUUACCGUCGCACGGCCUCAUCGUCCAAACAAAUAUUACUUAUCGCCAUUCGCGGUAAUAAUAUGCCGAUUUGAAAUCGAUCGACCAUUGCCGUAUUGGCUGGACGGUUGAAGCCUAGAUCGACGGCGACCAACAGUCCUCUUCACCAAACCGCUGACCGGUCAUGUCAUCCUCUGGAGUUACUCGUACCGUUGCAGAUCACCUGUUGCUGUGCUGAGAUUUUCGCAUGUCAUUUCUACUGCGCCGCCAGUUUUCAGCAGAAUGGCUUGUUUUGGAUUUGACAAGGAAACGCCAGAAGAGCCUGGACAGGUCAGAGUCAGAGGGUGUACAGACGUUUUAUGGCUGAGUAUCUUUUUGGUUUUUUGGUGUCUAAUGAUUUUUAUAGCUGUUUUCGCUUUUGUUUAUGGUGACCCAUUGCGUUUGAUCAACGGUCAUGAUAGUUUUGGCAACACUUGCGGUUCAUCUAGCAAUUCCAAAAUGGGCGAACUCUCUGGCCUUGAUACUACUGACAAAAAGUUCCUGUACUAUUUAGAUCCAGCCAACAUAGAACAUAGUCUUCAAAUAUGUGUAACACAAUGUCCAGAUAAUAAUAUAUUGGAUCUAGAUGGACUCCAAAAGUUUUACAAUCGAACCAAAUCAGCACUUUGCAGCUAUAAUUUUGAUUUGAGUAAUGUUUCUUAUCAUGAAGCACAAAACAGAACUACUAUUAUUACCACUUCCUUGGGACCAUGUCCUCCAUUUCCUAUUUACAAAAGUCAUCAUGUUUUGAAUAGAUGUGUUCCUGAAGUAUUAACCAAUGAAACAUUACCCCUGAUUUAUAAUAUUUAUGGCAUGAUGAAUGAUUGGGACUUCACUGAAGAAAUAUUAAAUGAUAUAUAUAAAACUUGGCCUCAAAUGUUAUACUACUCCAUAUUAGCUUUUGCAUUAACGUUCAUCAUCAUCCUUUUAGUUAAUUUAUUUGCAAAAAUGAUAGCAUAUAUAUUAUUAAUUGGUGUUAGUUUGAUUAUACUAGUUAACAUGAUUUUACUUUGGUGGGAGUAUUUUGUUUUAAAAUCGCGCCUGGACAAUACUAUUGAAGCACAAACAUUAAGUGCUGAUGCGUGCAAUGAACAUAUGUUUCUAAUACUUUCAGUCAUCUUUACUAUAUUUUCGGUAAUUGUACUUUUAUUGGUAUUAACUAUGCGUAAACGAUUACAUUUUUUGUCCACUUUGUUUCACGAGUCAGCUGAUUGCUUAUCCAAACUCCCUGCCUUAUACUGGCAACCUUUGAGUACAUUUGUUAUGUUACUUGGCUUGUAUUCAUUUUGGAUCAUAACAAUUCUUCAUCUUGCUACAGCAAAUUACCCAGGGACAAGAUCGUUAAAAUUAUUAACCAAUUUUGUGGAUCAAAAUAUAACAACUGAUAAUUCAUCCAUGUCUGACCCAUCAAUGCCUGAUCCAUUUGAGAAAAAUCUAGCAUUUGUUCAUGCUGGAUUGACCGCAGUUGAGUUUAAAGAUGCUACCUGGGUACGUUACAUGUGGUGGGUAUAUAUAAUUGGUAUAAUAUGGUCAUCUGAAUUUGUAUUGGCAUGUCAACAUAUGAUUAUUUCUGGGGCAGUUGCAAAAUGGUAUUUUACCAAUGGAAAAAAUAAGAAAUCUAUUGUCCUUUCUUCAGUUUACAACUUAGUAUUCUAUCAUUUGGGUUCAAUAGCACUUGGAUCCCUGUUAAUUAUUCUAUUCAAAAUUCCAAGGCUCAUAUUGACAACAUGCCAUUCUAAAAGUGAUACAACAUCAACAAAAAAACCUUGGAUGAAAAAAAUAUGUGCUUGUUGUUCUUAUUCAUUUGACAAUUUUUUCAAGUAUAUCAAUCAUAACGCAUAUACUAUAGUUUCAAUGGAGGGCAUUGGAUUUUGUUUAGCUGCAUCAAGGGCUUGGCAUGUUAUAAUUGGUAAUGCUUUGAGAUUAAGUACCAUAAAUAGUAUUGGAGACUUCAUAUUAUUCUUAGCCAAGUGUUUGAUUACUAUGAUUAUUGGAACGGCAGCAUUGUUCACUUUGCGAUCGAAUUCUGAAUUGCAUUUUUAUGCUAUACCACUUAUCAUUAUAUGCAUAUUUGCUUUUUUCAUUGCUCACAGUGUAAUUUCAUUACAAGAAGUUGUAAUUGAUACAUUAUUCCUGUGUGUAUGCGAAGACAAAAAUAUUAAUGGUGAAAUGUGGCACAAGAGUCCUAUAAUAAAACUGUCCAAGCCUAAAAAGCAAAUUGUAAAAAAUUCCAAUAAUAUCUAAUAUGUGUAAGCUUUUUUUAAGCAAUAACUUAAUUCAAAGACAAUGAAUUUUCCUUUUGUGCUUUGUUAACAGUUGUUUUAAAAGUACUCGUUUUACAUUUAUCAGCUUAGAUUAAGUUAAUAACAUUAUUAAUGUGCUUUUUAGAUAUUUUUUGUAUGACAUUUA